GGAGAAGCAAACCCAAGUCGCCGACGCCCCUCACCCUCCUUUAGCUGCGGAGGAGGGGACUUUACACGUGAUUGGAGUCUCCUUUCGCGAGGAGGAGAGUCGGCCGUGCAAGAUGGCGGCCUGGAGGGGCGGUGUAGCCGCUUGGCAGAAUCUGACAAAAAGCGAACCAGUCGCUUGGAGAAUAUGGAUUAGGCAGAAAUUUACAAAGUCUCGAAUUCCGGAAUCAGUAUUUCAACCACGACCUGGUGAUCAUGAAAAAUAUGGUGGUAAUCCACAAGAGCCUCAUAAACUACAUCUUAUCACCAGAAUCAAAAGUGGAAGAAGGCGUCCUUAUUGGGAAAAAGAAUUGAUCGAAGAGCUUGGAUUAGGAAAAAGAUUUGAUCCAGUGGUGCUUAAAAACAUCCCUUCUGUGAAUGCAAAACUGAAAGUCAUUAAACACCUAAUAAGAAUAAAGCCAUUAAAACUGCCUUAUGGAAUUCCAACUGAAGACGAAAUACCUGAUACUUACCUUAACAAGAUCACAGGUGAACUGAUAGUUUGUCGCCACCUAAAAGAAGUAGAAAAGAACUCAAUUGAUUCUUCAUAAUAAUGUAUUGAUCCUUUAUAUAAUAAAUGUAACAUUAAAUUGAGAUUUGCAUUACUGUAAUUACCACAUAGGGGUCAUAUGCAUGUUCAUUUAGAGCAAUUUCUCCAGAUUUAACUGCCUUAUCAUCAAACUAGAUAGCACUGUUACUGAGAAAAUGAAAACAUUUACCUCGUAUUUGGGCACAAUUUCUGCCUGUACUGUUUGGCUGUUGUAAAUAUGACAAUAUAUAUAAUAGGCUGCAGGUUUUGAGAUAUAUUUUGUUAUGCAUACAGUUUACAGAAGGCUGUGACUAAGAUAAUAGCAAACUGAAUGUGUGUGACUGGCUGGUUAAACUAAUUAGAAUCUGCUUCAUUGGCCAUUUUUAGUCUGAUAAAAUUUGAUUUCAUAAGAUAUAAUACAGUUGUAAAUAAUGUACCAAAAUACAACAUUUCAACAAUAAACUGUCAUCAGGCAGAUACAA